UCGCUAGAAUUGGAUUUUAUAAUUCGGUUCAAGUUCAAUAAUGGCGGGCACGAAACCCAAUCUUUCCUCGUCCACGUGACGGAAACGAUUCAAACGAGGUUGAAUCUGGGGUCCACAUCCGUUAUAUAUAUAUAUAAAUUUACCUUAAAAAAGAAUCGUUGUCUUGUACGGAAUACUUAUCAAACCCGCUGUCUGAGGUGCCGGAAUAGCCAAAUCCAAGUGCUCGUCUAUCCCGGUUCGGUUUAAUUCCGGAUCAAAUGGACCCCGGGGAGACAGUUCUCUCGGACCGGGUAAGAAUCAAUGGCAUCGAAACUCCAGUGACGCUCACAGCCGGCGGACAGCUCCGGUGGCCGGCCCGGUGCCUGUGGAUAGAGAAGCAGGUCCUCGGAUUCUCAGUCGAAGGUUCACUGAUCAAAAUCAGGGCUGUUGUGGAAAGCGAAGCUGGAAUCUGCUGUUGCGAGAACAAAACAGCUCUCCUCAGAAAAACCUUCACCUUGGAGCCGUUUUCUGAGGAAUCUUUCCGGCUCUGGACUCAAAAGCUCCAAGAAUUCAUCGAUUCUCUGGGUCGACCGAAGAGACUCUUUAUAUUUCUGAAUCCAUAUGGAGGAAAGAAAUCUGCCUCCAAGAUUUUUCUUGACGACGUAAAACCACUGCUUGAGGAUGCAAAUGUUGAAUAUGCAUUGCAAGAAACCAAAUAUCAGCUUCAUGCCAAGGAAAUUAUUCGUAACUUGGAUCUUUCAAAGUACGAUGGAGUUGUUUGCGUUAGUGGAGAUGGGAUUUUGGUUGAGGUAGUUAAUGGGCUGCUCGAAAGGGAGGAUUGGAAGACUGCAAUAAAGAUAUCGCUUGGAGUAAUACCUGCAGGCACCGGAAAUGGCAUGGUGAAAUCUCUUCUAGAUUCAGUUGGAGAGCCUUGUUCCGCUUCUAAUGCAACUCUUGCUAUUAUUCGAGGGCACAAGCGAGCACUAGAUGUAGCUACCAUUUCACAGGGGCAAACCAAGUUUUUCAGUGUAUUGAUGCUUGCUUGGGGACUUAUAGCUGACAUUGACAUCGAGUCUGAGAAGUACAGGUGGAUGGGGAGUGCACGAAUAGAUUUUUAUGCUCUUCAACGGAUGUUCUGUCUUAGAAGGUAUAAUGGGUGUAUAAGGUUUGUGCCUGCACCUGGUGAUGAAGUUCAUGGAGAGCCCACUGAACCUAUGGAAGUUUAUUCAAAUGGCGGCCCGGAAAGCGGCUAUUCUGGUCCUUCGGAUGUUGAUGUACAGAAAUCAAACUGGCGGAAAAUUGAUGGUCCUUUUGUUUCAGUCUGGCUCCAUAAUGUACCCUGGGGUAGUGAAGAUACUAUGGCUGCACCUGAUGCCAAGUUUUCAGAUGGCUAUCUGGACUUGAUCGUGGUAAAGGAUUGCCCGAAGUUGGCCUUGCUAUCGUUGAUGACUGGAUUAAACAAUGGCGGCCAUGUCAAGUCCCCAUAUGUCUUUUACUUCAAGGUUAAGGAAUUUGUUCUGGAGCCAGGUGCAAGAGCCGAGGAUCCAUCUAAGGAUGGGAUCAUCGACGUGGAUGGCGAGGUUGUUGCCCGAGGUCGAGGAACAUACAAGUGUGAAGAGAGAACCUUAAUGGCUUAUGAUAAGCUUCAUAUUAAAAUGGAUCAGGGGUUGGCUACUAUCUUUUCCCCCAUUUAGAAUCUGCUAUUAUUGUGUUUAGUGGGUUCUGUUUGGUUUCAGGAUUAGCUUAUUUGCAGAAUUGUGAAAACCCUCUUUCAUAAAUAUAAGGAAAUGCAAUAUACAGUUAAGAUUCAAUUCAUCACUGC